UCGGACUCUCUCUUCCCAUCAAUAUUGCUGAUUGUGUGUCAACCACAGCUUUUCUGUUCGGUUAUUUUAUCUCAAUUGCCGUAAGACACUUUCACAAAAAUGGGUGAGCCGAGCCUGCAUGCUCCCUUCAUAAUAACUGAUAUUGAUGCCUACAAAUGGGUAAAACAUGGAAGUAAAUUCGAACUUAAAGUGCACUUCGGUGGGUCUCCACCAUUAGAUGUAACAUGGGACAAACCAGAUUCUCCCCAUAUAAAGAUUGAAAAACCCAACCAAUUCACAUCAAUAUUACGGGUAAGCAAGGCGAAAGAUACUCACACGGGGAAUUAUCAAGCCAACGCGAACAACCAUUAUGGGGAAAAGAAAAGUGAGCGGUGCUGUUUACAAGUUGAGCCACAGCCAGAGCCAUGCAUAUUGUGCUGAAGAACUUAAGCAUGGAAACAAUCACGACGAUUGCUGAAUUGCAGUGAUUUUAUUUCUAAUGUAUUUCAUAAUUCUGUCUGAUUUUACUGUGUUCCUGUAAUUGAUCUGUAUUUUAUACGUGCUGGAGGUUCUGGUGGGUGACAAUUACAACAGGUUCUAUAUAUAUAUAUAUGACAUUCUCACAUUGAACGUUGCUAGUCUGGUCAUUCACAUGCUGGCACCUAAGUCAUGCUAUCUUGAAAUACUCACUUUUAAUUGUGCAGUUUUUAUUUUCCUCACACUGAAACUAUUCCAAUCACAAGCCCAAUCAGGCAAGACUACAAUCACAAAAAGUGGACACGUCGGUUUGAAACAUAUAUUCAAAUUUAUCACGAUAUGGUUUUCACAUUAUCCACACCUGCAAUAUGAAUUAGUAUGCUUCUUUAAAUUGUUAUAAAUGAGUUUAAAAUGCAAAUAUCCUCAUACGGACGAUUCUAAAUUAUCCAAUCAUAUCAUUAGUGAGACUGAAACCACUUUCAAACACAUUUUCUUACAACUGUUUAUGACCACUAAUCGACAACUUUAUCAUUUGUAUACUUGGUAUCUUCUUCAAACUGGUGUCCCAAUGUGACGGGGACUGCCCUCAUUUCUGGUCACUGCCACAUAAAUACAAUAGGUACAUCGAUUCAUGCAAACACUCUCUGUACACUUGAAAUACCUAAUAUUUUUAUUUAAAUGUAUUUAUAACACA